UUUCUUCUUCACUAAACCCAGCCCUUUUCUUCUCCCUUUCAUUUUUAAUUUCUUGCGAAGUGUCGAUGGGCGAAUCAUCUGCUCAAUCGAUGUCAAAAUGUACGGAACUCACUCUCAACAGAAACGCAGUGAUCGACACUGACAGGAUCAGCAACCUGCCGGACUCUCUUCUCUACCAUAUCCUUUCUCUCCUUCCAACGAAAGAAGCCGUCGCCACAGCCAUUUUGUCGAACAGGUGGAAGCCCCUCUGGACUCUCGUCCCAACACUGGACAUCAAAGAUAACUGCUGCAAAAAACCCAUAAGCUUUACAUAUAUUGUGUACAGAGUAUUGGCUCUACACAUAGCGCCGUCGCUCCGAAGUUUUCGCCUCACAUGGUAUUCUCCUUGUAACUCUUUCCAUCUCGACACUUGGAUCCACUUCGCUUUAGCCCGUAAUGUCCAACAACUCCAUCUCGAGAUUUACCUUGAUGGCCGCCAAGACGAUAGUCAUGUUUACGUGGGGAAAUUUUUCUGGUUGCCCAGAAGCUUAUUCACUUGCAAAACAGUUGUGGUUCUCGAAUUAAGCGGCGGAAUUGUGCUCAAUCCUCCUCCAUCCUUUCAAUUCGCAAGCCUCAAGAUUCUGCGCCUGUCCAAAAUUAGCUAUGGACCGACCAACAAUAUCUCGACCUUUAUCUCUGGCUGCCCAGUCCUCGAAGAUUUGUCAGUGGUAAGAGAAUGUAUGGACAAUGUGUUCAGUUUUAAAAUAAAUGUACAUACCCUGAAACGUUUACAUAUUGAAUUUAAAUCAUAUAAACCCGAACCUCCUGAUUACAAUCUCGAGAUACACACCCCAGCUCUCGAGUACUUUCGAUUUUCUGGCCAUUUGCGCAACAUCGUUUUCCAUGAAAAACUAGCCCAUUUGAUUGAAGCACGUGUCGAUAUUUAUGCUCUUGAGGAUUGGACUCGUGUAUAUGAGAUAUAUUAUGGAGACAGGAUAUUCAAGCUUCUUAGAGCACUAAACAAUGCUAAGUUCCUUUCAUUGUUUUCUGGUGACAAAGAGUGCAUAGCCUUUGGUUCUAUUUAUCCUUCCAUGUUCCAAAAUUUGGUCCGAUUGAACUUUAAAGUCACUCCAUCUAACUGGCACGUGUUACUAGCCUUGCUCCUAGUGGCUCCUAAUUUGGAAGUUCUUGUUGUUAAUAAGGAUUAUGAUAAUGAAAAUCGGUUUUGCUGGAUGGAGCUACCGGAUGCUCCUGGUUGUCUGUCAUCAUGCCUUACAACUUUUAAUUUUGAUGGAUUUGAAGAAUUGGAACAUGAAGUCAAAUUCGUAAUGUAUAUUUUAAAGAAGGCAAGAGCCUUGAACACAAUGACAAUAAAAAUUCCAGCUAAACUUUCGAAGGAAGGUGUUUUUGAGACACUAUCAAUGUUCCCAAGGCUCUCAACAACAUGUCUAAUUACAGUUGAGAAAGAUAACUCUUUGGAGUAAUUGGUGGCAACUUCAUUAUGUGUCUUGACCAUGAGCUGGGUUUUGAAUGCUUAUUGCACUAUAUAUAUGUAUAUAUGCAGGGUCUAGGGUACCCUAUGCACCCUAAAGGGAUUAUAUAUAGUAUGAUGCACUUCUUGGUGUGGAUGAAAUGGUAAAGUAAGAUUUCAAAGUUAAAUCUUUUUGGGAGCUUUUGCUUUAUUACUGGUUGUAUUUAUUAAAU